AUGGGAAUGGGACCUGGACAGACCCAAUUCCUGAUGGGAACGGGACAGACCCAAUCCAUGAAAAUUGGGGUUUCCUUUUCCGAAACGACUUCGGCUUCGCUGGGGGCGUCCGACGGAACCCCCCGGGAACGAUCCCGACUCCCGGGUUUUUCCCCCGCCCCUCCAGGUUACGAGGGCUACAACUACGGCUACGGCUACGGGCAGGACGGCUCGGGAGCAGGGUAUGGAUACGGCGUGGCCGCCGGGAAUUCCUGGGAAAUGGGCAGCUCGGACGCCGAGCCGGCCCCCGAGGGCGGCGGCGACGGGCCCGGCAAGAUGGGCCACCAGCGGCUGGACGGGGGAUCCCACCCCGAGCCCGAGGGCGCGCCGGGCGGGCGCUACGGAGCCGCCGGGGACAGGUACGACCCCUACGAGUCGUACGACUCGAGGUCCUCGGUGAACGACCGCGACUUGUACCGGCCGGGCUACGACUACAACGACUACAACGAUUACAACGACUACAACGACUACAACGACUACAACGAUUACAAUGAUUACAACGAUUAUAAUGAUUACAACGAUUAUAACGAUUACAACGACUACAACGACUACCCCGACUACCCCGAGUCGGAGCAGGACAACGACGCGUCCUACGAGGGUCCCUACGACGCUUUCUACGGCCCCCGGCGGGAGCAGUUCCAGGGCCGGGCCCGGGACGGCUUCGGGCAGCGGGGCCAGGGCUGGGGCCGGGACGGGCGGCCCCCCAGACCCUCGGGAGCCUCCCCCUACCCCGGGAGGGGCUCCUGGCCCGACCCCCGCGGGCCCCCCGGCUCCAGACGCCUCCCGUCCCUCUUCUCCCACAACAUCCUGCCCGAGCCCGGCGGCUUCCCCGGCCACAGGGGCUUCCCCGGAGCGCGCUGCGCGGGAGGGAUGGCCCGGCAGAGGGUCCGGAGGAACUGGAAAAUGUGGGACUGGGAUUUCAAG